AUGCCCUCAAAAUCACAUAUGGAGAACGAGCCAAAGCGGAAUACGAAUCAGCACAUGAAUACUGUCUUGAUCUUCUCCGGCAAAAAAUAUGACCGUCCUUCCUACACCCUCAGCACAUUCAUUCCCAGCCAAACUGUCAAUUUCUACCUCGCCCUCCGGGCCUUUAAUAUCUCCUUAUCUAUGAUUCCCGAUACAAUUUCAACCCCGACAGUAGGCCUGAUGCGCCUGCAAUUUUGGCGGGAUACCAUCACACGCACACUUGCGGGGAGUCCACCAAGAGAACCCAUCGCCAUCCUCCUCGCAUCUGCGCUCUCUGACCUUGACACGCGCACACAGGCCAACGGUGGUGCGCGGAUAAGCAAAAGCUGGUUCCUACGCAUGAUAAAUUCGCGCGAACAAUAUCUAACAAACACUCCCUACACAACCAUAUCCACGCUGGAAUCCUACGCCGAAAAUACGUACUCAACUCUCCUAUAUCUAACCCUCAGCGCCCUUCCCCUAACCUCCCUGACGGCAGACCACCUAGCAUCACACAUAGGAAAAGCAGCAGGAAUCUCCGCCGUCCUACGAGGGAUACCACUGAUCGCCUUCCCGCCUCCGCCAAGCCACCACUUUAAGCAAGCCGGCGGGCUGGAUGGUUUACGGGGUGGUGGUAAUGGUGCUCCUACUAGAUCAGGAGCCAUUACACUUCCACUCGACGUCAUGGCUGAGACAGGUCUGAAGGAAGAAGAUGUCUUUCGACAUGGUGCUGAAGCACCGGGGCUUCGUGAUGCGGUGUUUACCGUCGCGACACGCGCGAGUGACCAUCUCAUCACUGCACGGCAGAUGUUGACAAACCUGCGGGGGGGGAAGGAUGUGGGGCAUGGUUUUGAGCAUGAAGGGGAAGAAGGACAUGAAUAUGCUAAUACUAAUAGUAAUGCCAAGGGUAAUGGCGGUACGUCGAAUCUUGACGUGCAACUGGAAGAGGUGGAGAGGGCGUUUGGUGUCCUGAUGCCGGCUGUCUCUACGUCUCUCUGGCUUGACCGAUUGCAAGCGGUGGAUUUUGAUAUUUUCAAGCCUGAGCUUCGCAUGUUUGAUUGGAAAUUGCCUUGGAAGGCGUAUUGGGCUCAUCGGCGCAGGACUUUCUAA